CCCUGCGAAGGCGCAAGGCUGGGCAGAUGGAGGAGGAUCAGGCCAACUGGCUGAGGGCGCAGCUGGCCCGGCGGCGGGGAUCGGAGGAGGAGGGUUCGGAGACAGGGGAGGCGGCAGCCGCGGGGUACCAGGAGUCCGGGACGGGGGCCGACCCGGGGGAAUGGGACCAGCGAGGCUUGUUGACAAUGGAGCCGACCGGCCAAGAGAGCCGGGGGGCGGCGAGCCCCGAGUGGGGACGGGAGAAGACAGGCUCCGAGGAGGGAGGCGAGGGGACCGGCCCCCAGGAGGCGGCGGAGCCGGGGCCGAGCGGCUCGGGCGGGCCGGGGGGCGGGGAGAUGGCUGCCCCCGAGGUCGAGAGGAGGAGGGAGGGGCGGGGAGAGGCGCGGGAGAGCGGGAGUGGAAAGGAGGCGGAGAGGCCGGGAGGCCGGCCGCCCCGCACGUUCCGGGAGAGGUACUGGGAGGGGUCCCGGGCGCGCUACCGGGAGAGGACGGAGAGGAAGUGGACGCCGGGCACCAAGUGGAAGUACCGGCUGGAGAGGAAGCCCCAGGGGCUGAGGAAGCCGAGUGCGGUGGACAACGGGGAGCGCGACGUCCUCCCGGAGGAGACAAAGGAGACCUUGGUGGGCUGGGUCCCGGACCAGGAACCCCGGCAGCCCACGAUCCGAUUCACUCUCUGCCCCCGAUCUCGCCGCCAGUCGCAGUGGUCCUCUCCCUGCCGCCCCUCGGGCAGUGUCAUCAACGAGCUGGCGAAGAUGGGAGACCCAGACGUCCUGGAAAUGGUGCAGGAGAAAGGGAGAAGAACCAGUAGAGACCCAGACUAUGCUUCCCAUAUAAAUGAUGAGAGCCUGAGCAGCAGAGAGACCAGCUUCCUCAUCACUGAAGAAUCCGAGCCCGCAAAGCGAUUCAAUUUGUUCCUGCGGCGACGUGUCCUGUUUAAAAGAGAUGAACAAAGCAAAGAUUCUAUCUUCUUCCGAGAUGGGAUCAGGCAAAUUGAUUUCGUGCUUUCCUAUGUUGAUGACAUAAAGAAAGAAGCCGAGUUAAAGGCGGAAAGAAGAAAAAUAUUUGAGCAAAAUCUCAGAAAAACAGGCCUUGAGUUGGAAACUGAAGACAAAAGGAACUCUGAAGAUGGAAGAACUUAUUUUGUCAAGAUCCAUGCCCCAUGGGAGGUAUUAGUUACUUAUGCGGAAGUGCUGGGAGUCAAAAUGCCCAUUAAGGAGACUGAGAUUCCCCGAGAUGAGAAAAUGUCCCUGAGCUAUCUGGCUGGCCCUGUGAAGCUCCCAAGGAAUGUGAAGCAUCCUCGUCCUGAAUAUUUCACUGCCCAGUUCAGCAGAAAUCGGCAGGAACUCUUCCUCAUUGAAGACGAGUCAAGCUUCUUUCCAUCCUCAAUGAGAAACAGAAUUGUUUAUUAUAUUCUUUCACGGUGUCCUUUUGGCGUAGAAGACGGGAAGAAAAGAUUUGGGAUUGAAAGACUGCUCACUUCUCACACUUACUCCUCUGCCUAUCCACUCCAUGAUGGUCAAUAUUGGAAGCCGUCAGAACCUCCUAACCCUGUCAAUGAAAGGUAUAUACUUCGCCAGAACUGGGCUCGAUUUUCCUAUUUUUACAAGGAGCAGCCUUUAGAUUUGAUUAGGAAUUAUUUUGGAGAAAAAUUUGGCAUCUAUUUUGUUUUUCUCGGAUUUUACACAGAAAUGCUGACCUUUGCCGCUGUAGUCGGCUUAGCUUGUUUUAUUUACGGCUUGUUAUCAAUGAGCGAUACAUCAAGCAGCACUGAAAUCUGUGACCCUCUGAUUGGAGGCCAGAUUAUCAUGUGCCCACUCUGUGACUUCGUGUGUGAUUAUUGGAGACUAAAUACUACGUGUUUGGCUUCACAGGUUUCCCAUUUAUUUGAUAACGAGUCAACAGUGUUCUUUGCAAUAUUCAUGGGAAUUUGGGUCACAUUGUUUUUGGAGUUUUGGAAACAGCGACAAGCUCGACUGGAGUAUGAGUGGGACCUGGUGGACUUCGAAGAGGAGCAGCAGCAGCUCCAGCUGAGACCGGAAUUUGAAGCGAUGUGCACACACAGGAAAAUGAAUCCAGUGACUAAGGAGAUGGAACCCUACAUGCCUCUAUGUAGUCGUCUUCCAUGGUACUUUUUGUCAGGAGCCACGGUGACAUUAUGGAUGUCUCUCGUCAUCGCGUGUAUGGUAGCUGUGAUUGUAUACCGCCUGUCAGUCUUUGCCACGUUUGCCAGCUUCAUGGAAAGUGAAGCAUCCUUAAAGCAGGUCAAAAGUUUCCUCACUCCCCAGAUAACCACCUCACUCACUGGAUCGUGCUUGAACUUCAUUGUCAUCUUGAUCUUGAAUUUCUUUUAUGAAAAGAUAUCUGCCUGGAUUACAAAAAUGGAAAUUCCUCGAACUUACCAGGAGUAUGAGAGCAGUCUUACCUUGAAAAUGUUCCUGUUUCAGUUUGUAAAUUUUUACUCGUCCUGCUUCUACGUAGCUUUCUUUAAAGGGAAGUUCGUGGGCUAUCCCGGAAAGUACACAUAUUUAUUCAAUGUGUGGAGAAGUGAAGAGUGUGAUCCUGGAGGCUGUCUGAUAGAAUUAACAACCCAGUUGACCAUCAUAAUGACUGGGAAACAGAUCUUCGGAAACAUUAAAGAAGCCAUUUAUCCCUUGAUUCUGAAUUGGUGGAGACGCCGAAAAGCUCGGACCAACUCUGAAAAGCUUUACAGUCGAUGGGAGCAGGAUCACGACCUUGAGACUUUUGGGUCUCUUGGGCUAUUCUAUGAGUACUUAGAAACAGUUAUCCAGUUUGGAUUUGUGACAUUAUUUGUGGCCUCUUUUCCUUUGGCUCCUCUUCUUGCUCUCUUGAAUAAUAUCAUAGAGAUCCGAGUGGAUGCCUGGAAACUUACUACUCAGUACAGGAGACCUGUAGCUGCUAAAGCUCAUAGCAUAGGUGUUUGGCAAGACAUUCUUUAUGGAAUGGCUGUCCUUUCUGUGGCAACUAAUGCUUUUAUUGUAGCGUUUACGUCAGACAUCAUUCCUCGUUUAGUUUACUACUAUGCCUACUCAACAGAUGCCACUGAGCCCAUGAAAGGAUAUAUCAAUAACAGCCUGUCGACAUUCCUGAUCGCUGAUUUUCCAAACCACACUGUACCUUCAGAAAAACGAGACUUCACCACUUGCAGAUACAGAGAUUACAGGUUUCCUCCUGAUCAUGAUCAGAAAUAUUUUCAUAAUAUGCAGUACUGGCAUGUCCUUGCUGCCAAGAUGACCUUCAUCAUAGUUAUGGAACACAUUGUGUUUUUAGUUAAAUUUUUGUUGGCCUGGAUGAUCCCUGAUGUUCCAAAAGAUGUUCUGGAGAAAAUCAAGCGAGAAAAGUUAAUAACUAUCAAGAUUCUCCAUGACUUUGAGCUUAACAAAUUAAAAGAGAACUUGAGAACUAGUUCUGCUGAAUUUUCCAAGCGAGUCAUGAUCCAAGAAAACCAAGUAUAGCUGGGCAAGUCAACACUCUCAUCACCAUAUUGAGGAGCAGUUGGUGGCCUGUCUGGCUGGACAACUCUCCCCUGGUUUUAGGGCCAGAGGCCAGAAGCCAUGUGUCAGUUUUACCCCUUCUUCUUCUUCUUUUUUAACUCCAAAAGUUUUUGUAUACUUUUAUAGAGGCCAUCUUUAUGAGGUCGGAAGAAUACCACUUGUCUGCUGCAUUGGCAGGGCCCUCCCCAGAUACUGUUUUCUGGGCUUCUAUAAAUGAUUGUUAAAAGUGCACAUGGAAUCAGAAUACUGGAAAAUCAUGGGAUGUUGCAGCUUAGAAUUAAACACUGGACGUGGGCUGUCCCAUCGCCUCCAGAGCCUCUGCACAUUUUCAUGGUCUUCUGUUGGGUUGUUUUAUACCUCUUUCCCAUCAAGAAAAUGUUGGGACAAAAAGAAAAGAAGUCAAGAGGCCUACUGAUCCAUAUAUAUCCUGCCAUUUUAGACUAUGCAAAUGAAAAACCAAAAUCACCUGACGUAAGGAAACUCACAUAUUAAAAAUAUUGGUUAGAUAUCAUGGCAGGGGUUUGUUCCUGAAAUCAUCCUGAAUAAGUUAAACUUCCAUCAAAAUCCCAGAUGGUCCUUCCCGAGUUGAUUUUUCAAGUGACAGAAUGUUUGGUUUCCAACUCAAGACUAACAACUCAGUUCUUAAAAGAUAACAUCUUGGUAACAGUAGUUUCAAAACUGGAUUGUCUUAUCUGGAAAACAGCAUUAAGAAGUGGUUAUAUUGCUUCAGGUCUUCAAGUAAAUGAAAGACAUUAUAGAGAAGUAAAUGUGUCUUCUUAGUGGUUAACAAAUGCAAGACAAUGUCUAUUGAUUAAUUUACUGACCUUCAUCUAAAAAAAUCGUUGAAUUAUUUUUAAAAAUCCUUUUUAUUCUGCAAUACCUAUUUUGCAUCAUGAAGCCUGUUUGAGCAUUAGUUAUUUGUAUAAGUUAGGUACAAGUUGUUUAUAAAAUUUGAUCUCUUUGUUUAAAGAAAUCUCAAAUCUUUUAAUGAAUUGACAAUCUUUUCUAUUGAGGCAUCGCUUCAUACAACGCUCAGUGCCUUGUUCCUAUGCCUUUGACACACAAGAAGUGUUAUUAUUGGCUGUUAAUAUGACAUGGUGUAACAUCUCAAAUGUGAGCUUGUUUUAGAGAAAUUAUCAGUUUAACAUCAAUCCCAGAGUAUAACACCAAAAAGGGAUCAACCAAGUGAGAAUGAGGUGAUGGAUUUGAUAGCUAAGUGAAAUAAAAUAUUUGUUGAAUUCUUUCUUUCAUACUUAGGCCUAUGGCACAUGAACACCAGUUCUUGUUCCUCUUUCCCAAAAUACUUCAUUUGGAUUUUUAACACUUUAGAGUCAGAGAUACUGUGCAGUUACAUAGUAUUUGAAUCUGUAGUUUCAAAUUACACUCCACUUUCAAAAGAAUAGUGUUUUCUUAAUUGCAUACAAAAGAAGAAACUUUAUCACAAGAUGUUUUCUUUUAAAGUAGUGGUUCAUUAUUUAAUGCUAAUACAUUUUUGUGAAAGUACCAGUAUUAAGAAUAUGGCAGGUAGUAUUAACUAAUGAUCAAUAUUAAGCAUUUAGAACUGAGGAUUAUAAAUUUUAUAAGACCAUGAGACAGUUACCCCAAUAUUGGUAGUAAUGAUUUGUCAUCCUCUGUGUAGAUUUUAUGAACAUUUUUGCGUCAUUUGAAAUUCAUUAUUGAAGAGUAGUUUCACAUGUUGAGGAGAUAUAUUUCUUGCUUGAGAAAAUGAGUCAGUGUUGCUAUGAAAUAAGCCAUGGAUGCAGCAUCUUUGGCUUGUGAAAUUAAACUCUGUGUUACUACGAUGUUGUACGUGGCACACAGCUCAUAUUGCUUCUUCCUGGGUGCUAAUAAAAAUAAGGAAGAGCAUGGAAUUGGUUUCUUGGAUAUAAGCUUUAAUUUUUAUGGCUGAACAUUACAUAUAGAGCUAGAUCGUAAGAUAAAUAAAGACAAAUUUAACUCACAAAAUUAUCUUAAAACAAAGCAACUCAAGUGUCGAGUUUCGAGGAUGUAUGGAGAACUAACCAGGGAGAAAAUAGUUUUCAAGAAAAGUAAAUAGUUCCUAUGAUUGGGAUAUAUUUUCCUUUUAAGAUGUUAUUCACAAGUACUUUAUAUCAUGUUUUAAUUUUCUACCAAAAAGUUUCUUCUUGUUUCACAAAUUUUAAAAUGAAAUACAAGUAUCCCUCAUUUUCCUAAAAGCUUGCUAACCAGAAUCCGAAGCCAAAUCGAUUCAAAGCAGUUUGUCUUAUCUAAUUAAACCCACUGGUCAUUAUGGGAGGGCUGAAUCAAGAGUGCCUCACUACCAAAUGUAAGUUGAUAUGUAUCACCAUGGCACACAUGUGCAUCUAAUCAAACCCAUAAUUACUUUUUUAAGAAUUGUUCCAAGAAACAUUUGAGAUCUUAUUUGAAAUAGUUUUAAGUGCAAAAGCCAAAAAAUUCACAACUCUUUUCAGAUGUCAUCACCAAUUGUUGCCUCCAUCAGUUCUCUUUGCACACAAGAUGCAGAAGCCACUUCAAAAUAUUUAUUUUAGAAGAAUCCGUCAAGAAGGGAGUGUCUUAAUUAAAUGCAAUGCUGUCUCAUUUUUGCUGCAUCUCGUGACUCCUUUUGGCUGUAACACUCUUCUUUUAACGAAGCCAUUAAGCAAGUUAUCAUGGAGAAGAAGGAGAGAAGAUGAAGAUGAAGAGGAGGUACAGAGGAAAAGAGAUCAAAAAGGUCUCUCCUUAUAAACCCACCCCACGCAUGCUUCUGUGGGGGGAGAGGUGUCAUGAGGCGUGUUGCAGCUGUGGGUGGUAAGAUGGAUGUCUCUGUCCUAAGCCAUCUAAUGAGGGUGAGAGAAACAGCAAAGAAAUUUCAAAUUGAAAACUAUUAUGUGUCAAAAGUGAAACUGAUUCCGAAGCGAUUUUGCAGCAUUGAGUGCUGUGUAGCCCCGGAUCUCUGUUGACUGACUGCAGCUGAGGGUGAGGAAGUUGUCCUGCUCAUUCAAAACAAGAACUUACUGUUUUGAAAGGAACUCUCUAAUAGUUGUUUUUAAUUAGUAAUAGUUGUGUUAUCAAAGAAUCUUAUUAGGGAAAGUAGCAUUUCAAAUAGUACCAUUGGCCAGGCUUAGAAGCCUGCUCCCAUGAUUCACUAUAACUAUCGUAUCAUUCUUUUUCUAGACACUUUUACGCUUCUACAUCAUAGGUAAUAACUAAAGUAUGUCGGUUCGUCCAGCAUUAUGUAAAAAUUCAUGAGAAUAUCAAGGAUCGCAUGGUUCAGUGUGUGUGAGGUACCUGCUUCCAUCACCCCCAGAUAUUCAAUUAGGUAUGUCUUUCCUGUGAGUGAUUAUGUACCAUGGUGUUCACCAAAACAAUAAGUGCCCCUUUUCCUUUUCUUUCUUUCUUCUACUUUUUUCUUUUUUUUUGCAAGGAGCUUAGGGUAUGCAGGUAUGCAGGGAAAUUUGUUCUUAAGUAACAUGUACAUAAAUCUCAAGAGAUUCAAAUUCACUCAGUGAAUAAAGUAAUGCUUAAUUUUAAACUACAUUUUGAUAUGAAUUCAAUUUAUUCUUACAGUAAAAUGUUGAUAUGAUUUUUCCGAAUUUGAGUGCUCUAAGACGUUUUAAGUCUUUUUUUGUUUAGAAACAUUAAUAUGCUUUGCAUGUAACAUGUUUCAUGAAGUUACAUUUGUCACAUUUAAAGAUGGAAAUUCCUUGAUGUAAGAGGCUUGAUGGUCCAGAAAAAUUGGAAAAGGUGGUAGGUUUAUUUUGUUGCUUUUUCACUUUCUUUUUUCUACUUUGGGAGGGGAUAAAGGUGUAGAGGAAGACCAAAAGGGGAAAAUAGUAUGUUGAGAUGUUGUCUGAUUUUUUUUUCUGGUCCCAUCUUCCCCAAAAGGAAAUUGGCAACCACUUUCAUUAGAGUCAUCUGGGCUCCUUGUGAGAAAUGCAUAGCCCUUGAUCCUGCCCCAGAUCGCUAGGAGAACAGACUCUAUGAGAGGGGCUUUAGAAAAUCUCCAGGGUUACCUUUUGGGGAUAUAACAUUGAUGAGAAUUUCAUAAAAUGCCAAAUUCUCUAUCCUAAAGCAUUUUUUUCUAAUAACUCUCAAAUAUUCAUUUAUCAUUCCAACCCAUCAGGAAAAUACGUCAAGUCAUGUAGACUCAGGAUUUCCAAAUCUGUAGAAUUGCUCUAAUCCUGCAGUAUGAAGAAGUAGUUGAAAUCUUAUACACUAAGAACCCUAGACCUGUAGUUGCUACUUUAUUAAAAAAAAAUAGCUUAAGAAAGGUAAAGAUAUCAUGUAUUUGAUUUUACCAAUAUACUCAAGGAAAUAAAGUGCAUACUGAGCAGAAAUUAAGGUGACUACAUCACAUUCUAAGUAUUUGAAAGAAAGAAAUAGAUUCUCAGGAUUUAAUCUGGAUAGCAAAGCUACUAUGACUAUUGUAGAAUAAAGGAUUUGUUAUAGAAGAUAGACCUUUUGAAAUUGUGGGAGGAACUGGGAAGUAAUGGUCUGGAAGGGAGAUUUGAAGGGUCAGAGAAAAGGCGCCACUCAGCUUUCCUGAAACACUCCUGUAGUAGUGGAUAUCUAAGUGGAUAUCCAAGUGCUGAAAUGAGACUGGGAAGGACAGCUAGAGAAGUCUGUGGCAGCUGUUGCUUCUGUAGAGCUAUGACUGCUGUGAAUUUUCAGCCAAGUUUCAUUCAUGGGCUUGGGGCCACUGCUGCUCAGGAAGAUCUGGACAUGGAGUGGAAAAGAGUGAGGACAAGCUGGAGCCAACUGUAUGUCCUUCACCAUGUCAGGCCUCGAAGACCUUGAGAGAGAAAUAACUACUGCUUCACUUCUGUCUGCCUGCUUUGCAAAUCUGACCUGACACCAAACAGGGAAAAGGCUUCUGGAAAUUGCAGCUCCAGCUUAACCAAGUUGACAUAGUACAAACUGCCGUAUAGACCAAAAAAUAUUAAUAAAAUUAUUGAUCAUUUGAACAUUGUGAUU